GUGACGCACACUUGUGCGCGCACGCGAACACUAAUAAAAGUAUAAUAAAUGUUAGCGAGACACAAGCGCGGCGCGGCGUACGGUACUAUUUGUUCGGGAGGGAGGUUGGAGGCACUCAUACAAGCGAGGGAGAGGCUGUGUCGGCGCUGCCAGCCAGUUUACCGUUGCGAGGCGCGUAGUGCGGCCGGACGCUGGACCGCCACCCGCGCGCCGCCGGCACCCCGAAGCUCUCCGCAGCCGACACCCUGGACUGUCUCGGGACCCACCACCCUGUGCUCCCCACGCGGACCCCACUCGCGUUCGCUUGCUUACAGACUAAGUGCUACGACUCGUGCAUAUUUCACUGGAGUGUUAAUCCGAUUUCAGAAUACUUAUUGGAUCGCUUCAUCAUAGACGAAGAUAUAAAAACGUCAGGUGUCAACUCGAACUAAGAGAUUGACUUCACUCCUCUACUUCGAGCCUCAAAACAUCAUGGACAUGGUCGAUUGCAUUAUCUCUGCCAAGAGCCUGAGCGAUUAAGUUCUCGACCAUCAAGGAUUAGGGUUGGGGUGAAUAAUGGGAAAAAGGAACGUACGGAUCAAGUUCGCACACUCGAUUGGUCCGCCGAUUGACUCGAGCACGUUGGGCACGUCCGAGUAACACCCCAGCCCGCGCCCCGCACUCCUGCACUCUCAGUUACCGACGCUCUAGCGACUGCCAAUAAAGUACAAGUCAUACCGGGUUAUUCACUUAUUUAAAUUUAGAUAUAUUUAUUGUAGUACAAAGAUAAACUGAACACAAACGUUACGAGCUUGAUGUAGCAAAACUGACACGAGAACAAACCGAGUAGUCGUCCUCGGUUGUAAAUGAAACGGUAGUCAUGACGGCCACUGCCCCAGAACUGUCAAAGUCGGAUUUCUUUGAUUUCGUGACGUCCAACGAGGUUACUGAUGCCCAGUACAAACAACAGAUGCGUUCUGUUAAUGUGUUCAUGGAAUCACCCGACUCGAGGUCGAACCCACUGCUCUCAGAAGAGCCAAAAGAACAGAACAAUAACAGUUUACUCAGCGUGAGUGGCGCGCCGGUCGGAGCCAACAGCGGCAUGGCCACAGCCACCACAUCCACCACGCUGCAGAGUUUCGACUCUAUUUGGAACGUGGACCGCGAGCGUGAUCGCUUGGACAAUACCAUGUUGGAGGAUCUCAACAAGUUUUACUGGAACCAGGAAAGCGACAUUAAUGGCACGCAUCCCUGCGCAGACACGGCUAUUUCUAAUAAAUUAAUAAACAACACGGACGGACAAAUAUAUACAUUGACGGUAUUAAAUCAUGACAUGACGGAGACCAGUUCGAACCGAUACUGGGCUAAAGAAGAAGACGUCUCUAUGUCGAGUCCUACAGACAUAGAAACACACAAUUCACUUGAUCUCGAAUCUAUAUUGAAUAUGAAUGGCUUUCCUAAUGACUUCAACCAAGAUUUACCAAAAGUUGAAGGUUUUACAUACGAAGAUGGUGACUCAGAAAGUCAACAUGCCGAUUUGAGUACUAGUGAUUUAGUGAAAGUAGAACCCUAUAGUUAUGAAGAAGGAGAAUUCCAGAGUAGUGACAAAAAGGAAGAUUCGCAUAGUUCAUCUUUACUGGUAACACCAGCCUUAUUAGAAAGUCAAGUAGAAUUUAAUAACAAUAACAAUGAUUGGAAAAUUACCGAUCAAAACACAGAAUCGAAUGAAUCUUUGCUCAGGAGCGCGUUACAAGGAAAAGCUUUUAUUAGAUAUAGCACUAUACAAAAAAAUCCUGUAAAAGUCGAGGUUACUAACGAACUGAAAAGAGUUAUUACGACAAACAACAACAAGCCUGAUGUUCCGUCAAUGUACCAAGACAGCAAAGACGAGCUCUUGAUGCAAAUAUCGCCUCAAAAUCGAUUGAACAUAUCAAUAUUAUUAGAAGACCCUAGUAACUCUGUCGUGUCUAAUGGAGAAAACCCUUCAUCUACGCAGAGUGUAGACGACAUUUUACUGUCGCGGCUCGAUACUAACUACCCGGAAGACUACGAGAAGCUAAAAAGGAUAGCAACUGAACUUGGGGAAUCUAUGCAACCGUUUUGUACUGUGGAACCUAUUGACCCGACGCGAAGUGUUUACAACAUUCAUCACGUCAACGGUGAACUAGUAACCAUGAUCCCUGCCGGAGAAGUUCAGCUGAACCAACACCUGCAAAUAGUAACAGCCUCGCCAACCGUUACUAGCACAAAGCCAGGCAACAGACGAUACAAGAAGCCACAGAGCAAGAAUCCAGCGCCGACGACGCAAGCGCAGUCGGGUACUGCUAUCCAGGCGGCAACCUCUACAUCGAACGGAGUGAGGAAAGAGAGAUCUCUUCACUACUGUUCCAUUUGUUCAAAGGGGUUCAAGGACAAGUACUCAGUGAACGUGCAUGUGCGGACGCACACGGGCGAGAAGCCCUUCACGUGUUCUUUGUGUGGCAAGAGCUUCCGACAGAAGGCGCACCUUGCCAAGCACUACCAGACGCACAUCGCGCAGAAGAGCGCCGCCGCCAACGGCGCCGUCAAACCCAACAAGCAGAGGUAACGCGCGCCCGCGCCGCCCUGCACUCCGCUCACACCCCAUUGAUAGUCAAUUGAACUUUAUCAUGGUGAUAUAAUUACAAAUGUAUUUUCUAUAAUCGAUACUUAAAGGCUGAAAAUAUCACAGAUGAAUUUGGUAAGGUGCUAAUAACGUAAUAAUUUAUAGAGAAAUAAGACAGUUACGAAAGAGAGAUGUGAAGGUUCUCGGCCGUUAAUCUUAUUUGUUAAUUCGUAUGUAAUGCCGCCCGUUACCGUAGACAUUUUAGCUUUAGCUAAGAACAGAUAGAUACUUUUAAGUGUUUUACAAGAUUAUAAAAUAUAGAAUUGACUUACAUUCCAUAUUUAUUAGUCAUAAAUACUAGUUUAUGUUCGUUAGAAGUCAUAUCAUUGAACAACGUUUCUGCAUUUUGGUAUAGGUAGGUAGAUAUCAGACGCAAACUAUUAGUGAUGUGGCCCAUUAUAAUAUUUGUUCAAGUUCUGGAUAGUCGAGAUCGGAGGACGUGUCGGAACAUCAGAUAGCAGCGAACAAUGAUGAGCACCGCUGGUGCUAGUGGUCGCCGCAGUAAUUUCUCCCGCUGUGCGACCGACUGAACUUUCUAAAAUAAAAAUAAAAAGACUAAAAGAACGAGUAUUCAGAACCCAGCAUCUUUCACCGUUCAACUAUCGCAUCUCUUCGCUGUGUUCCUCUCGGUUUGAACAGCGAUUUUAUUUUUUCGAACGUGGCCACACUAUUAUUUUUCGACAUUUCUAUUUACUUAGUAAGUCUGCGAUGUUUCCGAUAACGCUUGGUACAAAAAGUUGAAUACUUGCGCUAUUAUUAUAAUGUACCUGUUCGUAAAUUGGAACGUAAUAGCUUGUUCGGGACGGGAGGGACCAUUAUUCGAGUGUCCAUAUCGGACGACGCGACGCAGUGAACGGUUUCUCAUUCCCAAUAUUACAUCUUUCGCCUCAUACUGGGAGAGGCCUGAUUGCCCUCAGAUUGCUAUAAAUUAUAAAUACAAGUGGUGUUUCAAUCGCGGUCUUUAAAAUGUGCUCCCUUUCUCGUCUAACAAAUUGGCCUUUCUUUGUUCCGUCUGUGUUUAUAACACAGGGCCGCGCCCUGUUAUUAUUUAUAUACGUGCGCAGCGCCACUGGUCAGUACCUAGGCAGCUAGGUCCCCUCUUAGACAUUGUUUACCGUCGGACGCCUAUGUAAGCACUCAUUUUAUGUCUUCCCAUUAUUAGUUACCAGUUAUUAGCCAUGAAACAGUUAUCUCGAGUAUGAAAGUGCAUGAAAGUACCGUGCAUGCCUACCUUCCACUUAGUGAAAGUAAUUACCUAAUACGAGUAUAGACAUCAUUCUAAUCUGUUUCACUGACAUUUUCAGAUACCUUUCUAAGCAGUCAGGUGUUCUGUGGUCACUUUGUGUCCUCUGGCCAUUUGUAAAUAAUGUAAUAAAUAGUUAUUUUUCUUUUCUUCAUUUGAUAAUCAGCCUCUUUCGUUUCAGUAGCAUUUAUAAAAUCUCGUAGUGGACACCCAAACAUUUUUGAAAGCACUUUCUUUUUCCAUCCAACAUAGAUGUAAAAAAGCAAUAACCUCCUGUCAUUUGAUUCUAUAAUUUGCAAAAUACAUUCUUACAAUGUGCUCGAUUAUUAUCAUUAUAAUCAUCAUCUGAUUACCAUGAUAGUUCAGCAUCAUAACGAAAAUUAGCAUGAAUUGGCUGGUACUGAGACGUGGAAUGAUAUAAUCGACAUUAGCGAAGUCAUUGCGUUAAUGUAGUCCAUUAUUGUACCGAUUGUUGCUCUAUUUUUGUUUGUACUUGUAAUUGUGCUUUUAUACUCGAAGGCAGUAGCUCCUUAUAUAGGUAUGUUAUCAAACCUGAUCAAUAUAAACAUAACAUGAGAGUUAAUUUAAAAAUACUCUAGUAUUCAGAGUGCCUUGAUUACUUGCAGGACAAUAAAUACAAUAGGCUAUAUCAUGCAGUGUUUAUUACAAUAGUUCAAUUAUGUACCGUGAUUGAAAUUAAACCACCGGAAUUAAGGUCAAGUUAUAAUAUUUCGGCCUCCGCACGUCAGGCACGCGGUAUCACACACAAUGUCAUUGCAGCACGACCUAGUCAUUUUUUCCAUUAAACUAUUCCAUUAGGCGUCUUUUGAAGUCAAUUUAGCUCGACCUGAACUGUUCUCAGGCUAAUUUGUGCACUGAAAGUGUACAACGCAGGUCAUAAUUAUAGGUUUUCGCCGAACAAAACCCGACUUAAAGUCCAUUUCACACUAACUAAACUGAUUUCGUUGGUUGGUCCUCCCAUCCCGAGUAAAAAGCUAUAUAAAAUACUGAAAUAUCUACCUACGUGUAUACCGAUUUGUUAAUUUUAGAUACCACUUUAGUAGCUUGGAUACUGGCAGCUGUAAUUAUAUUUACACUAACCCGGAUACUACAAAAUUAAAUAGACCUUUAAAAUGAAGUAACAACUUCUGAAACCGUGUUAUUAAAUAGGAAAACAUUAAUAAAACAAUAUUGUAAAUCAACAAAUUAAUUAAACUCCACGGUUUUAUUAAAAGAUUUAUAGAUACAGAUAGGAAUAUCAAAUCAAUGUAUUUGUAUUCGAUUAAAUUACAAUGUACUUAUUGUAACGUUUACCGAUAUAACAUUUCUUAGUAUCCGUCACUACCGAUUCAGUUUAUACAUGUGUAAUCAUCUCUCCUGCACUGUUUUGGAACUGGAUUAGCUUUCUCAGUUACGAGUACCUAUAUACCUAAGUUGCCGAUGUAAAUAUGCAUCUUGCCAGUAGCAAUACUGUUCACAAAGAAUGUUCAGUAUUUUGCUAUUCGUUAACGAACACUGCCCCUUGACGCUCCUGUGUGACUGUGACACUAUGGAUAUGAACGCGUGUAGUGUUACUAUAGUUCUGAGUCUCAAUCUCAACCCUUUAAGUAUUUCGGUUUAAUUUUAUAAUAACUUAGUAUGAACGCUUUAUACGUAGUUAAUGUUACUAUUCAAAGAUGGAACUACAUAAGUACAAGAAAGCUUUCAUUAUCUGUAUACAUUAGAAUUGUAUGACGAGUGCGCCCGCGCCGGCAGCGGCGUACAACAUCUAAAUUACUUUUCAGACUGAACAUUGUACCUACACCUCUCCUCGGCUCGUGCGUACCAUGAAGCUUUCUACUGAGAUUGUCGACAAUAUGUUUAGAGUGUAGUUGUAAAGCCAGAGGAAACUCUUUAACAAUACUCAUUAUCUUGUAAAUAUGUAUCAUGAAUGAAUUUUAUAUUAAAGUUGACUUUGAAAGUAAAUUUUAUACUCUACCACUUGUAUCUCAUUAGAUGGUAUUUGAAUUACUAGCGAAUUUAUAGUUUUAAUAAGUACCUAAAUAAGAAACAUUGAGAGAUUUACCAGAUUACUUUAAGAUACUAUGGCUACCUUCAUAAAUUAUGUGAGUGCAUAAAUGGUUGUUAAUAUAUUCAUGUAAUAUAUUAAAUUAUGUUGGUUUUUGAGUACAUUAUUUUGAAAAGGUUUAUUAUUGAAAAGGAUAAUAUUGAUCGAUUUUUAUUGCAUUUGUUCCUGAGUUGAUUAUUAGAUUUUAUUGAUAAUUAUGUCUCGUUUAUAAGGUUCUAUGAGUAAUUAUUGCAUGGAUAAUUUAAUUUUAUAUAGUAUCGGAGUUGUUGUAAGGGAGACGUGGAUGACUCGCGGCGCAUGAUGAUUCGUAAUGUUAAAUACUUUGUAAAUACUGUUUAUUUAUUUAAGGUCGCUCCUCGAUUUACGAGGGCGGCGCUGUCGACUCUUAUUUCAUAUUAAUUAACAUUAUCUUAAUUCAUCUUAAUUACCUACUUUACUUAAACGCAAAUGUCUACCCAGAUACUACUCAUUGGACUUAUAUUUUUGUCAUUAAGUAAGUUGUAACAUUUUCCACAAAUGUGCGAAACAAUGUCAAGUUAAGGUUUAUCUACGUCGCCCUUAAGCUGAGCCGUCCUGUACAAUACUUCAUUAUUUAUUUUUAGAAUUAUAUUUAAGGUGAAGAAAAUAUGAAAACAAAAACAUAAUUGUAUUUUGAUUAACCGGAGCUGUGAUUUUUUGCUUAUCUGUAUAUCUAUUAAACAGUGCGGGGGCAGCCCGAGAGCUGCCCGGCCACUGGUUCAAUCACUGAAGUCUUCCGAGCACAGCGCGAGCCGAGCCGUGCUACUGCGCCGCCUCCACAAACCUGUUACACAUAACAAGAUCAUAAAAGCGUGCAUACAUUAUUAUUGAUUACGAAUAUUGAUAAAGCGACACUUUGCAUGUCAGUUCAGAAUGUAUUGGGUUUUUCCUUCAUCCGUUGAACUGAAAAUCAGCAAGACAAAGUCUUGCCUUCGUGUUUCACGUAUUAACAGUAGACUUCCUGGAAGUUAAAAUCCAAUAUUGAAAUAACACUCAGUUUGUAAUAAACACGAAUGGAAACUAUAAUGAACAUUUACAAGAGAAAAGGUUUUAAUACAUAAUGUAGAGAAGCGCGCAGCAGCAUCGCUCGGUCAGCUGGUGUCAGACAUAAUGUCAGAUUAGAUCUGGUCACGUUAAAUCAGUAUCACACCGUAAGGUACGUGUAAUAUAAUAAAUGUAGCUACCAUAAUUUUUUACAACAUUUACAGUUUUAUAAUGAAUUUCUUAUAUUUUUACUUUCCUAUGUUAGUUUGCUAAUAAAAUGUUUUUUUUAUAUAA